AUGUCGACGGCUGGAAGAGUAUUAAUUAUCGGCAGAAUUGACAGCCUCAAACGUCGAACCAGCGAUUCCUUGUUGUGCCUGUCAGCACGCCCAUCAGCAGCUACCCGACUGCUGCUGCUGUUGAUGCUGCUUCUGUUUGGAAUGUGCCCAACUGUCGUUCAAAGUGCUGACAAUUUCGAUGCGGUUGGUGAUGCAAUGGCCGAUCCCAGUCCCAGCCACAGCCAUGAUAGCAAUAGCAACAACUUUGACAUGCAUUAUGACAACUUUAACCAGGUGACAGGUAACAAUGAAACCAGGAUACUGAGACGGGGCAAACGCUACUUGGAGUUUCCCAAGGGCUCGCGUAUGUCGUGGCGUACCAAUGCGAAAAACAACUUGCUUAAAAUCAACACACUAAUCGCCUAUGGCUACGGAUUUCGUGCCAAUUAUCCAUUUCCCGAGCCCAAGGAUCAGAAAAAGGGAAACCGCAUCUUUUUCAAACGCGAUUUGUUUUCAAAAGUGGAAAAUGCCUUAGAUGGCCAUGGCUUUGAUGGACGUGCCUGUUUAUUGAAAUCUUUCUGUACGGCAAUUUUUGAUGUGGAUAAGCCCCAGCAGAAAAGCGGAAUGUUGUUCAAGCUGCUCAAGUUAAUAUUCAGUCGACCCAAACGCUUUUUGGACAUUAUAGAGACAACUCGUUUGUUUGUAGGUAACAGUUGACUAAUUGUACGUUUUUCAAUUUGAAAGUUCCGCGUUAACGUCAAAAACAAUGUGAUACCAAAGCCAACAGUUUGGGCCCAUGGCUAUGGGUUUCGUGCCAACACGCCAGUCCUAGUGAAGCGUGAGAAUCGCCCCUUCAGAAGGGAUACGUACGAGCUGGUCCAUGAGCUUAUGGACCGUAGUGGAUUCGACGGUCAGGCCUGUGUCCUGAAGGCAUAUUGCACAGCAAUAUCUGGGGAUCAUAGUCAGGGUUUCUUGCAUAAACUAUUUAAGUAUAUGUUUACCCUGGAUGAACACGAGAAGCAUCACAUGGCCUACCUGCGCGAAGAGAACUGCCAGCAGAUUUUGCAUAGCCAUUGCCCGCUUAGCUUUGACAGCAUUUCGCCAUAUACAGAUGAUGUCUAA